AUGGACACCAUCAACUUCGACAUCAACGAUGCGCUCAAGCACUACAUGAGCGAUCCUGCCAGCGUCGCCACCCCCGAGGCCGACAGCGCUCUGGUCGACUGCGAGAACGACCCCGAGGCCCUCACCAACGCCGUCAUCAACCCCGUCCUCAACUCCAUCGUCGACGCCGUCGCCGAGAACCCGGACUUCAUCACACGCAGCGCAUACUUUGACUCGCUGCAGUUUCUCUUAAAAUGCGUCCAGGUCCUGCCCACACACGCCCUCAGCAAGAUCUUCGACCUGAUCAUGAGCGGCCUGGCCGCCGAGGCCGACAUCGUCAACCACGACCUAGACAGCCCCGACGAGCAGGAGCUCAUCGCCCACCACAAGAUGCUUCUCGAGGUCUACGGGUACCUGCUGCAGUGGGCCACCGCUUGCGUCGAGAUCAAGGCGGCCGAGAAGUCGUCAUCCGCCCCGGCCGCCCGCGCGAGAGGGAAAGGCGCCAAGUCCAAGGCCGCCGCCGGCAAGGACAAGGACGGGAGCUGGGACAGCGCCCAGCAGUUGCAGAUAGCCCUCGACGUCAUGACUAAGGUGCUGAAGUUGAAGUUGGGCAAGAUCUUUCUGACCACGAGCGAGCGCGACACCUUCGUCGGCCUCCUGACCCGGCCUGUCUAUAUGAUACUCGAGAGCGAGCAGCGGUGUAAGAACACGGCCAUCCGGAUGCAUGCCUUCAAGGUGCUUUGCAUGGCCGUCAAGCACCACGGACACGGAUAUGCCGCACAAAUCUCUAUUGUUCAGAACUUGACGUAUUUCGAGCACUUGUCCGAGCCCAUGGCCGAGUUCCUGCACAUUCUGGCCGAACAAUAUGACUAUCCCCAGCUUGCCGACGAGAGUUUAAGAGAACUGAGCAACAAGGAGUUCAGCACCAACGACACCAGGGGCCCCAAGUCGGUGUCCUCGUUUAUCGUGAAGCUCUCAGAACUCGCCCCUAGGCUGGUCAUCAAGCAGAUGACCAUGCUUGCCAAGCAGCUGGACAGCGAGUCUUAUACGCUUCGGUGCUCGCUGAUCGAAGUCUGCGGCAACAUGAUCGCCCAUCUUUCCACGCAGGAGGAGCGCAGCGAGAAUCACAAGUCCCAGUUGAACGCCUUUUUUGACGUGCUCGAGGAGCGUUUCUUGGAUAUCAACCCGUAUUGCAGAUGCAGGGCCAUCCAAGUCUACACAAAACUCUGCGAUCUGGAGCAGAAGUUCCCCAAGCGGCGCCAAAAGGCCGCUGAGCUGGCGGCGCGCAGUCUCCAAGACAAGAGCAGCCACGUCAGGAGGAAUGCCGUCAAGCUGCUUAGCACCCUGGUCAAGACGCAUCCCUUCACUGUCUUGCACGGAGCGCAACUUGCCCGCAAGGACUGGCAAGCCCGGCUUGAUAAGGUCGACGCCGAACUCGAUGCUUUGCAGCCCCCGGCAGGCGAGCCCGGUCUGGGUGGGGACACCACUGUGAAUGGGAAUCUGGUCGACGAACCCACCCAGGUCGAAUCGCCCCAGAAGGCUAGGGACCCCAAGGACCUGACCGAAGAGGAGAAGGAAGCCAUCGUUCGCAAGGCCCAGGAGGACGCCGCCACAUCCGAAGCCAUUGAGAAGCUGACUCUGACCAAGAGGUACUACACCGACGCCCUCAAGUUCAUCGACGUGCUGCAGGAGUCCACUUCUACCGUAUGCCAGCUUCUAGGCUCUAAGAACAAGUCGGAAGUUAUUGAGGCUAUGGACUACCUAGAAAUUGGCAAUGCCUACAACCUAGAAGACAACAUGGUGGGCAUCCGUCGCAUGCUACGUCUCAUCUGGACCAAGGGCAACAGCGACGAGGGCAAGGGUGUUCAGUCCCACCUCAUUGACUGUUACAAGAGGCUUUUCUUCGAGGCGCCUGACCACUUCACCUCCAACGAUGCUGCUAUCUACGUCGCGAGAAACAUGAUCAGUCUGACAUCAGGAACUACCCCUGCUGAGCUGACGAGUCUUGAGCAACUCCUUGCCACAAUGAUGAAGGGUGGCAUGAUCUCGGAUGUCGUCGUCACCAAGCUUUGGGAAGUCUAUGGGUAUCACAAGAGGGAGAUUUCCAGGUCUCAACGUCGCGGCGCCAUCAUUGUGCUGGGGAUGCUUGCAACCGCAAACCCAGAGAUCGUCGUCGGCGAGAUGGAGACUAUGCUUCGAGUUGGCCUGGGUUCGCAUGGACGUAGCGAUCCUCAGCUGGCCAAAUUUACCUCGAUUGCCCUGCGAAGACUGAACCCCACGGGUCGCCAAGCCAAGGACUCGCCAGUCAAGUUCAACCGUCUGCCUAACGACCACGCGGUUUUGGCCAGGUUGGCAGCGAUUACCGAUGUUCCCAGCGACAGUAAAGAGUGGUUCGGUGUGGCCGAGCAGGCUAUCAACGCCAUCUACGCUUUGGCAAAACAUCCUGACGUUCUCUGCGGAGAAAUUGUGAAGCGCAAGACGAAGGCCGUUUUCGCAGCACAGCAGCGGUCAUCAUCCAGGCCAGAAUCCCGUGAUCUGGAUCCGACUGUCUCACCCGAGGUGGCUGAUGCUCAAGGGUUCACGGUUGCUUUGAAUGAACCAACCCAGACUGUCAACCGCUCAAGUCCAGAACAGCCUGUUGAACCCAAGCAGAAGAAUGCCAUUGCGUUAUCGCAGCUACUCUUCGUAGUAGGCCAUGUGGCUAUUAAGCAGAUCGUGCACCUCGAGCUGUGUGAACUCGACUUCAAGCGUCGGAAGCAAGAGAAGGAAAAGAUGGCCUCGUCUGAGCCUGCAGCGCCAGAAGCGCCGGCGGCUAAAGCCAGGGGUCGCAAGUCCAAGACUCCGGCACCGCCUCCGGAGGAGGCCGGAGAUGAGCUUGACCUUAUUGGUGGCACAACGGAGGAUGACUUCACUGAAGCCAUGGCACAUAUCCGGGAGCGGGAACUGCUAUUUGGCCCUCAGUCUCUACUGGCAAAUUUUGGCCCCAUGGUCGCAGAGAUCUGCUCACGCAACGACAUCUACAAGGACAAGGGCUUGCAGGCUGCCGCGACGCUUGCUCUUGCCAAGUUGAUGUGUGUGAGUUCUGAGUACUGCGAGGAGCAUUUGCCCCUACUCAUCACCAUCAUGGAACGUUCACCUGACCCAACCGUUCGCUCCAACGUCGUUAUCGCAUUGGGUGAUAUGGCUGUUUGCUUCAACCACCUCAUCGACGAGAACACGGACUUCUUGUACCGCCGCCUGGCGGAUCCCGACUUGUCUGUCAAGCGCACAUGUCUCAUGACCUUGACAUUCCUUAUCUUGGCCGGUCAGGUCAAGGUCAAGGGUCAACUGGGUGAGAUGGCCAAGUGCCUCGAGGACAGCGACAAGCGCAUUGCAGAUUUGGCUCGCAUGUUCUUCACCGAGCUUAGCACCAAGGACAAUGCCGUAUACAACCACUUCGUCGACAUGUUCAGCUUGCUGUCUGCUGGUAAUCUUGAGGAGGACAGCUUCAAGCGGGUGAUCAAAUUCCUGCUUGGAUUUGUGGAGAAGGACAAGCAUGCUCGACAACUUGCUGAGAAGUUGGCGGCACGUCUACAACGUUGUGAUACCGAGCGCCAGUGGAACGAUGUGGCGUUUGCUCUUGGUCAACUUCAGCACAAGAACGAGGAGAUCACGAAGGUGGUCGGGGAGGGUUUCAAGGUGGUACAGGCUACUGCGUAA